AUGGCCUUUGUCGCAAGAUAUUUGGGCCGUACGGCCUUCUCGGUCGCUCGGAGAGGCCCUGCUGCUAUUCAAUCCCGCUCAUUCUCUGUCACACCCUUCAAAUUCAUGCCGGAAGAUCCGCCAAUUACCAAAGAACCUUCGCCGGAGGAUGAAUUGCCUGACGUGUCGGAGUACUCGCCAGAUAUCCUCAGCAAGGAGGAGCGGUCAAUGUAUGAUAUGCUAUCCCCGGAGGAACGGGAGGCUUUUGACGCGGAGCAACGUCGGAUGAUCGAAGAAUUCAACAACCCGCAAGCGCGAGCGGCCGCAUUUGCGGAGAUUGAAAAAAGUGUGAGAGACAUAGAGAAGGAAGUAGGGCUGCGAUUUGAGGAUGUGCCGGACAAGUCCCGGGGCUUCUGGGCCGAGGAGGAAGACGAUGAAUUCGGUCUUGUCGAGGACGCAGACGACGAUUUCCACGACGACGAAAUCACCUCCAUGGCCCACGCGGAAGUCGAACUGCACCGCGAGAUUCGUGAAUAUGCUCGCAUUGCAGCUUGGGAUAUGCCUUUACUGAGCAAACUCGCCAAACCUUUCACCCUUCCUCCCGAAACUCACAUCCUUCGCUUCCGCUACACCACGUACAUGGGUGAACAGCAUCCAGCCGAGAGCAAGGUGGUCGUCGAAUUGGCCAGCAAGGAUCUUGUCCCCAAGUACCUCUCCGAGGAACAGCGCCAGACCUUCCUUAAACUCGCGGGAACACGCUACAACCCCGAUACAGACAUUGUACGCAUGUCCUGCGAGAAAUUCACAACGCGCGCCCAGAACAAGCGAUACCUGGGCGACAUUGUCAACACACUGAUCAAAGAGGCGAAAGAAGGCGACUCCUUCGCGGACAUCCCUCUUGACCUCCGCCAUCACAAGCCCAAGACUCAGCUGCGCUUCCCCGAGUCCUGGGCCAUGACAGAGCAGCGGAGGAAGCAACUCGCCGCCACACGGAGAGAGAGACAGAUCAACGAGCAAACACGGCGGGCGGUCGUGGAUGGGAACGCCAUCGUUGCACAGGCCACUCUGUCACUGCCUUCAUUGAACCCUGCCUUGAGCGCCAGAGCCGCCGAGGAGCGGGAGAAGGUUGCUGUCAAAGUUGGAGCCAAGGUCCUGAAGAAGAGAGUCCGUUAG